AUGACACAAGGCUUGCACUUGAUGGUUCUGUGGGCCGACCAAGUGGCGCUCAGUCGCUUGUUCCGAGUUGGCGACACGCUCGCAGUUUUCCAUCCGUUUGUGCACGUGUGCGACCAGCACGACACGGAGAUUCUGCACAUUCUGAACGAGUAUUCAUCUCAGCAGCGACUUUUGUAUUUCUUUGAAUACGGCAGUGCGACCGUGUUAUUCUGCAAGCCAUGUCGACGGCCAUUCUCCCGAUUGGAAGAGAUCAAACCAGGAUGGAACAACUUCUCGCUGUAUGCUCAUGUGAGGAGCAUCAAAGUCUCACACGGUAUUCCGUUACUUGCGACGUUCUUUUACGCGUACUACGACCCCAAGACGAACCAGCCAAGCGACGUGAACACGACAGCGCAGCCUCCUCCAUUGGACCGCUCCAUCGUGUCGAAGUACUACCUGGUCGUGAUGCUACAAGUCUACAUCGCGGCCUCUCAAAGUCUACUGACGAUCGAGGUAACAGGUGCGAAUGCAGUGGCAGCACUUCGUCUUCUGCCUGGCCAGAGCGUCUUCCUGGAUGGACUUUUUGCCUUUCCGACAGCAGCGUACAGCUCUUCGUCAACUUCCAAUGUCGUCUGGUGA